AUGUAAAAAUGUGUCAUUCGAUCUGAAAACGGAUUAAUAAGAAAAUCACAUCACAUAAAAUAGAACAUAUAGAGUAUAUAGACAGAAGAGAGAGAAAGAUAAAUACAUAAUUACCUAUUUUUAGAGGGGUUUUAAUUUAAAGAUUUAGAUGAAAAUUAAUGAGUGGUAUCUUAAGUAUUGCCGUGGAAUAUUUUUUGACAUGACGUUGUUUAAUUUGCUUUAAUGAAAAUUCUGCAAAUUACUAGUACCUAGAUUCACAAAAGGACUAGGAAGCAGCAAAAUAAGGAAGAAGUUGCGUGCAAACUGGUAUCUCCAAUAUUUAUAGGUACCCUUUAGCCCUAAAAGAAACUGACUAGCACUGGCAAGUAUCCGAUAGCAGCAAACAGAAAAACCUUUGUACUUGGUGUCCAGGCUGAAAUUCUUCUUCCUACUUGAAUCAAAUCAUUCAGUUUCUUGGGACGCUCAGUGCUGCAUCCUCAACGUACACUAGAAGCAAAGAUGGCUACUCUGCAGAUUGCAUACCAUACACAGGAACGUCAGUGUUGGCUUCUAAAGUUGUCCUUUCUGGGACGACCAUUUAUCUUGGCAUAUCAAAGGUGCAUAGCGUUGAAGAAGGCUAUGAAAUCUAAGCUUGCCCGUGCUGGUAGUCAGACGGCAAGUGCAGAGACUAUGUACAUUCAGAAGACAAAAGUGCAGGAAGCCACUGUCGAAAGUAGGACAAUUGGAAACUGGAAUUGUUUAAAAUGUUUUUUGAGGUUCACUAAACCUGAAGAUUUUGGAGAAGACACUAUAGAAUCGAUUACCGAAUUCGAAGUACCGAAGCGCAGGAAAUGGCCUAUCUUCAGCAAAAAGCAUACUGAGGUCCAUGGACAAAAAAAAGUGAAGAAAGAACUUUUAAGGAGAGAUUUCAUAAUGGAGGAGCUUGAAGCAGAAAUCACAUCCUCGCGAUUUGAGGCUCGUGGUCAAAAAGAAGUUCCAAGGAAAGAUUUCAAUAUGGAGGAGUUUGAAGCAGAAAUGACAUCCUUGGGAUAUGGGGGGCUUAACGAGCAAUUCAAAGAUGCCAUUUUGAAACUAGUUGUUCCUCGUAGCUUACCUCGGGCUUUAUCAAGAGAGCUCCAACCUAUAAAAGGCUUGAUCAUUCACGGACCACCUGGAACAGGAAAAACACUGGUUGCAAGACGCUUAUCGGAAAUUCUCAAUGCAAAAUUAAAGGUUGUGAGAGGGCCGGAGAUCAUAGGCACUCUCGUAGGAUCAGGUGAAAAGAAUCUGAGAGAUGUUUUUGCUCCAUCGAUUAAAGAUUUUGAGCUAAUGGGUGAAGAAAGUCCUGUUCAUGUAAUAAUUUUUGAAGAAAUUGAUGCCAUUGCAGGGAAAAGAGGAGCAAACUCGGCAACUGAUAGGAUAGUGAGCCAACUGUCAACAUUGGUUGAUGGCGUUCGUAGACAAACGAAUCUGUUGCUUGUGGGGACAACUAGUAGGAUUGAAUUGAUUGAUGAUGGCUUGUUGAGACCAGGGCGAUUUGAAUUGCGCUUGCGAAUAGAUCUACCAGAUGAAGAUGAACGCUUGAAGAUUCUGCAAAUCAACUCAAAAAGGAUGCAGAGAAGGGUCUUUUUCGAUACUGACAUAGACCUUUCAGCCGUAGCUUCUGCAACACAAGGAUUUACUAGAGUCGAUCUCGAGGGUCUGUUACAGACAGCAUUUGAAAACGCAUUGUUUCGUGGUUUUCAAGGACGUAUGUUCAAGAUAGAGGGUAUUCAAAUUAAGAAGGUGGACAUUCAAAUGGCCCUUCAAAAUUUUGGUAAAGAGUCUUUAGUAAAGACCUUUGAAUAGGUAAAUCAUCCUCUGUAUGUGUAUAUGGUAGACAUAAAUUGGUUUUUCUGCGCAUAAGACACUGCAGGAGGUCCUGGAUUACUUUUUCAAGAUGAUUUUGUUUUAGAAUCUGCAAUAUUAGCUACUCUUCGAGUUUGGGCAGGGGCGGAGCUAGCAUAGGACUCGCGGGUUCGGCCGAAUCCAGUAACUUUGGUCUAAAUCCUAUAUAUGUCUUGAUAAAAUUAUUGAGUAUCUGUAAAUUGUUAAUUUAGAACCCAAUAACUUAAACGAAUUAGAAACAAGCUUCGAAUCCUAACUCCGCUUCUUAGUUUGGGUCAUGCGAGCAGCACAACAAUAUUAUAUGAUAAGUAAGUCCGUGAGAAAUGUAUAAUUUAAA